CACCUAGAUGUCGCUGCAAGGCUGCACUAGACUAUAUGGUAUUGCAUGCUAUUCUAAGCAAUUAUCAAGCAGAGCAGUCGAGCCUGCGCGGUCUCAGCGAUCUCUUGCAGCACCCUCUGCAACACCUGCAGCUCAACGCCUAGAUGUCGCUGCAAGGCUGCACUGAACUAUAUAGUAUUGCAUGCUAUUCUAAGCAAUUAUCAAGCAGCAGCAGGUUAAAAUAAUGUAGCGUGGUAUUGAAAUGUCGUUGCAAGCUGUCUAGCUUAGCUCCUUCCUAGUCUAGUUUAGCGUUACAUUAUGCCGAAGUUUAUGCGAAUUCUAAUGUCAGGUGACGUCCAAAUGCGGUAAUUUUUUUAGCCGAGGCAUUUGCUUUCCUGGAACGACGACAGAGAAGCCAGCC